AUGGGAGUAUGUACAUCUACCAAUCCAAAUGGUCAUAUGAUUAAUACAAUUUACUAAUCGAAGAAUUAGGAAUAAGUUUAAGAUAGUUUUGAACCUCCAUGUUGGGAGGAAGAACAAAUUGGUGGAGAGAGUCCAAAUUCAGAGAUAUGUUUAUUAGACACAGACGAGCUACAUUAAAAUUCUGAAAAAGCAACAUAGGAACAAUGCUAAAGGGAGUUUGUAAAUAGAAUAGUCAGUGUGCAUGACUCACCAAAUUCAAAAAGAUACUAUUUUGUUUAUGAUAAAUUAUACAAUGUAAAACGAAAGGUACCAAAGCUAAAAAGUAUCAACUAAAGUACUUUGAUUCAAAAACGUAGGUAAUUAAUACUUUGA